AUGUCAGGGCGUCGCGCGGAAAUUGAGGCGAAGCGUGCCAAGCUCGCUGAGCUUCGGCGUGCGCGAGAAGAGCGUGAGGAGCGCGCACGGAAGCUCAAGGCUGGACCAGGGGAUCCUCACGCACAUGCCAGUGCAGUGUCGGCCGCCUCCAUCGACGAAUUAGUUGCUUCGCUCCUCGGAUCUGCACACGACGCGUCCAAGCCUAGCAAUCCCUCACAGCACGCUGCGCCUCCUGCAACUGCAGCAUCUCCGUCAAAAGAUGUUGCGAAAGCAGAUACGGUUGUAACGCCGUCUUCUUCCGCCCAACCUGCAUCAACCUCGACGACCAUCACUGACCCAAGCACGAGCCAAGGUUCAACCCACGCGGUGCCUUCCGACGCCCCUUCCGUCCGUCCUUUGACGCCACCUUCUACACAGCCAGGUUCUGAUUCGCAAUCGUCACAUCAUGAGGAACCUCAUGAUGAGCCAUCGACCAGCAGCAAACACUCUACAAUGAUACCCACAGCGCAGGCUCCCCAGCGUAUCUUAUACACAAAACAGGUCCAAACAGAUCCAAUCGAGACAGACGAUGUGGCACCAAUACAUGCAGAAAAAGAUGCAGCGAAAGACGCGGGCAUCGUUCACCAAAGCGCUCUUGCGUCGCCAACAUCGCCGUCUGCGCCAGCGCCACAGCCACCUUCCCAUUCGCCACACGAACGUGUGCCAUGUCAAGGAGCAGCAGACGGCUCGGUCGACUUGGUCGAGCCAAGUAUCUCUCUGUCCCCGUUGGAACGAGACACACACCAACUUCCAGACGCAGAUUUCACUGACUUUGUGCACGCGAAAGCCACGGUCAUGGAACGCAUGCUCGACGAGCGCUACAAUGUCCUCACAGACUACACACAUGUGCCGACAGAGGAUGCACAAGAGUCCAAGCAGACAAGCAUGCAUCUGGUGCGAACAUUCAUGGACGACGCACUUCUCGAGACGCGUUCCGUCACUGAUGUCGAUUGGUCCGCCAAGCAUCCGGAGCUUGUUGUUGCUUCCUACAACCGGAAGCGUGUACUUGUGCAUGAAGACGACCACGAUGGUAUUGUUGCAGUUUGGAAUAUGCACAUGCGUGAGCGACCGGAAUUUGUGUUUACCGCACCGACAGAUGUAGUAUCGGUGCUGGCAUCGCCAUUCCAUCCCAACCUGUUCAUUGGCGGUACCUUUGGUGGCCAAGUGCUACUGUGGGAUACCCGGCAGCGUGGCUUGCCAGUACAGCGGACGCCUUGGGCAUUUUCAGCCUCAGCCACCGGUCUCACUCAUAGUGCACCUGUGUAUACCGUUCGCCUUGUCGGCUCGGCGCAGGCGCACCAGCUCAUCAGUGCGUCGUCUGAUGGCGUCGUAUGCACUUGGUCGCUCGAUAUGCUCGCGCGACCGCAAGAGUCUAUUUCACUCACGAAUCCCAUGCAUCCACGCAGUGCCAAAGUCGGUGUCACGUCCCUUGAUGUGGCCCCCCAUGAUACCUCGCAUUUCUUCGUCGCGACGGACGAAGGCAAUCUGUUUGAUGCACAGCGUUUUGACCGCGCUGGCAUCAAGGCUGGCCUCUCCAUGUCUCAUGCGUAUGUGGGACAUACAGCACAUGUGACGCGACUGGAAUGCCAUCCCACACACAUGUUCGAAGAGCGCCUGCCGCUCAGUAUUUCGGAGCUAUUCCUCACGUCCAGCAUGGACUGGACCACUGCCCUGUGGCGUCCGUCCAAUUCCACUACAUCACCAGCAGGCACUGCCACGGAUGUUGCCAGUGCCGCUGCUAGCGCGUCAGUUUCAUCGAUCGUGUCGCCGGCCAAGAAUUUUUCGGUGUCUUCGGCAUCGCCCGUGCCUUCGCCCUUGCGUGUCUCGUCAUCAUCGCAUACAUCCUUACCCUCUUCCAUGUACUAUUAUCCACAUGCGAAUCCGAGGAUCGCCACCAGUCAACGCACAAAUCCACUUGCUUUCCGCACCGCCGCCUCGGACACGCCCCCUUGGUCCGCUGUGGCUCCUCUCGCUCGCUUCGACCAGCAGCAAGACUAUGUAAUGGAUGUUCGCUGGCAUCCUCAGCAUCCAGGAAUAUUUGCGCAGGUCGAUGCGAGCGGUCAUGUCGAUAUGUACAAUCUGUGUCAAAGUGUGGACCGUCCCGUGCUUAGUGCAUCCACACCCCAAGGACGCGGACUCAAUCGCGUCGCCUGGGAACGCCGCGGCACACUUCCCGAGCAUGGCACGCAAGGCGCGACGCGGCUCGCCGCAGGAGGCAUGGAUGGCCGCUUGCAUGUGUUCCAAGUGCCUGACGCUUUUAUCACGGUGCGUGGUGAGGCUGAUGUGACGGAGAUGGAGCGGGUACUUGCGGCCAUGGGAUGA